UGACUCAUAUUCUUAAACGUAGUCAGUGUUUUUAAUUCUCGUUUUCACAUUCAAUUCUCUUAAUUUACGCCACCAAUGGAAUUAUGAUUAAACCAAAUAUAAUAUUUUAUUUUUUGUUACUAAUAAGUGUUGAAAUAUACGGAAAGCGGCUUAUUGUGAAACGUAAGACAACGAAAAAGGCGCCAGUAGAAGCGUGGACUGGUAAGUGGUUUCCUGGGCCACCACAUCCUAAGGAUGAUUGGAAGGGAAAAUGGUUCCCAAAUCCACCUUAUACAAACGGGCAAACCUUAAAUGUGCACGAUAAAAAACCACUUACGGCCACCGAAAUUUGUGAUGAUGGCAAGCAAUAUAUUGGAAUCGAUUUUGACCCCAGUGAUGUUAGACAAUCUUUUGAACACCUAUGUUUAGCGAAUCGCACAUUAUAUACACCUAAUAUGAAGCGUGAAGCAUUGCGAAUGGAGUACUUUAUCCCACCAGCCUACGUACCGCCAGUGAAGUGCCUUAAUGAAACAAUUACUUAUGAUUCGAUGUUGCCUACUUAUGGUGCCUACCGUCCAAUCGUCCCGAAAUAUGGUUCAUAUAUAUUUAUGCCUCCCCAAAGAUAUAUUACAGCCUUAUCUCAAGGAGCCAUUGUAAUGCUUUACCAUCCAUGCGCUUACACUGGUCAAGUGAAAUUGUUGCAAAACACACUACGCGCCUGUAUGUAUCGUCACAUCAUAACUCCUUCCCAAUCCCUGAGUCCGGAACGACCACUUGCUCUUCUUGCAUGGGGAAACAGUUUGGAAAUGUCUGUGGUAGAUGAUCAUUUGGUUGUAGAUUUCAUGAAGCAGAAUGCCAAGCAAAGGCCAAGGUUUUCUACAAAGCAGCCAAAUAAUACAAAAAUGUACGAAGCGGGCUUACUGCAGGAAGCUCAUCUUAUUACUGAUGAGAAUGAUGUCGAGAUCUGUGGAUAUAAAGAGGGAAUGUAAAGUCUUAACUUAAUAGUGGUGCAAAAUUCCAUUUGUGGAAUACCUUAAAUUAAGAAUCGAAUAUGUUAUUGAAAUUUACACGCCUUAUUGGGUUUCUAAAAUUUAUAAAAGUUUAUAGUUGAUUCGUGCCUAUCAUAU